AGUUUUCAAGAUCUAUAACAUUUGAUUGGAAAAAAAAACAUGGAUCGUUCUGAAAUCCUAAUGAUGACAUUAUUAUUAUGUCUUGGCAUUAUCAACGUCAUCAAUGCCGAAAAACCCGUCGUGCCGAGCGUGGAGGAAGUUGUCACUUCAAAUCAACAAUUGGGAAGGAAUAGACAAGAGCGCAGUACAAUAUCGAUAUCUCUUGCAGAACUUCGCAACAUGAUACAAAAUGAAAUUGAGAAAUAUGACAAUCUCAAAAACAAGAGUCCGUUUGACGAAUUUUAUUCUCAUGUGAAGAAAGUUUAUGAAAAAUGUGAAAAGUAUUGUCCAAACGGAACAGAUUAUAUCUUAUGUGGAGAAGAAUGCAAAGUUUACUACCUGAACAAGACCAUGACAAAACUCAUCCAAAGUCUGGAAAUUCAAGCGACGAGUUUUCUUGCGUUCAAAAAAGAGAUUCAAGAUGAGUUUGCUAAUCCCAACACGGAGAUUGAAAAGCGAUUGCAUAACGUUGAAAAUAUACUGGCCAAUCGAAGCACAGUUAUCCAAGAAUUAAAAGAACAACAUACGAAAACAAAAAAUAACCUAGACUCUGAAAGUUGGAAAAACAUUGCAAUAAUCUUCGUAUUCAUGGUCAUCAUUGUCAUAGUAUUUGCAUUCCUUUAUCACAAAAUAAAGAAAGAUUUUGAAGGACAAAUAUCUUACUUGAAGGAACAAAUAAAAUCUAAACCAUCCACCAAAUGCACUGAUGAUCAUGAACUUGAAAAUGGACAAAUGAACAACAGACAAGACACCAACAACAAACGAAAUACAAUGUAUAGUGAAACACAAACAAUCACUGAAAAUUAAUUGGAGAUUGUACCAGAAUUUGGCGAUUGCAAAAAGAGAGAAUUCUUCUGAGUAAAAGAAACUUUUUAGGAUUGUCAUAUUUAUAUUUGUCCAGAGAAAGCUUAUCAUGGGGUGAACACUCACUGCCUGUUUGUUCGGAUACCAUCCCAUGUUGCUAUGGGAUUACGUCGCAGGCUGGUGAACCCCCUUCAUAAUUGUAUAAUAAUACUUCACAUAAUAUCGUUUACAUAGAAAAUUUGUUGUGUGUUGAGUGUGCAUUGUGAAUAUUGUAAAUCACGCAUUUUAUAUAUUGGACCGAAUAUUGUUGAUGGGUGUUGCAUUGAAAAGAGGAAGAAUGUCUUCCACAUAUUUUCAUUACUAUUCAUUGUCCAUAUUUUCACUACAUUGUUGUCCUAUUUUGCACUGCAAUAAAUUAGCAUUUUUAACCGGUAUAUAAAAAACAAUUUUGUACUUUUGAGUAUUGUUAAUCACACAUUUUGUUGUAAAUAAAAUAAAAUUA